CUUUUCAGUCUACUCUGUGGUUCAGUUUAGGUAUUGUCAUAUACUUCGUUAAUCUAUGGGUUUUGUUGUGUAUAUUCUCCAAUAUUUGAUAUUAUUCACUCUAAAAUAUAUCUAAAAUGCCUUUCGAUGACUCUGGGGAUGAACAAAGUGAAGAUGGUGAAUUACGUCAAAGUCCUCAGGAAAUAAAAAAAAUUGAAAGUGAUUUCAGUAUGUCUGAAGAAGAUGUGGAGGCAGUAGAUGAUUCCUUAGAUAUAAAACCACCUCAGGCAAAAGUUUCUCAAAGUUCAAAAGUCAAGAGAAAAGAACAUGGGGAAAGAUCAAGACACAAAAAGUCUUCUGAUAAACACAGAGAGGAAAGACAUAUGCACAGGGAAAAACACUAUCGAGAUAAACAAAUGAGACCCAAAGAAUAUUAUCAAAAAGAGAAAGAUAAAGAGCGAUUUUAUAGAGAAAAGUCAAGUUAUGAUCAGUUAAUGUCAGAAUCGCAACAAUUCAUAAAAGAAAAGAGUCAUAGGGAAAGAAAAGAAGAACGUGCUAGAUAUUCUGAUACUCGAAAACAUGAUGUAAAAGAGACUAGAGAGGUACGCUAUGUAUCAAGAGAAGGGGAAAAACAUAGACAUCGACAAGAUGAAGAAAAAAGAGGAGAUAAAACUCUGCAUGACCUUCGAGAGAGAUUACUUAGUAAGCGUAAAGUAGAUGAUGAAGUAGGAUAUGAGAGAAGACAUAAAGAGUCCCAUAGAUCUCAUAAAAGAAGACGUCAUAAUGAUAAUAUUGAGAAUGCAUUAGAAGGUGAAUCUGGAAUGUAUGUUAAAGAAAUUAUGAAUAUAAGUGGAGGUGAAGAAAGAUCAAAGUCUAAGAAGGAAGAGAAGAAGGAACAUUUAACAGAAAAAGAAAGGGCAGAACAGGAUCAGAGGAGAGAAAAAUUACUUGAAGCUGAAAGGGAAAUUGCUAGACUAAAAGAGCAAUCUCGUUUAGAUAGAGAACGUCGUCAAGACAAAGCAAAGUUUGAUAAACAUAAAGAAGAACUGGAAGAACAUUAUAGUAAGAGAAUAGUUGCUGAAGAAAUAAUUUCUGAUAACUCUGAAGAAGAACAGGAUUGUUCAGUGAGGGUGAUUAAGGAGGAAGAAUCUGAAGAUAAAGAUUAUGAUGAAUAUAUUAAGAGUGACAAAAGUGAAGCAACCUCCAGAAGCAUAAGUAGAAGUAGAUCCAGUGAGAAAUCUGAUAGAAGUGCAUCCAGCAGAAGAUCUAGAAGUAGAGAGAGAACCAGAUCUUCUGAGCCUUCUCGUUCUGCUACCAGAUCUCCUGAAAGUCCAGUAGAUAGAAAAUCAGAGGAAAAAGAUAUGGACAAUCCCGAGCAUCAGAAAGAGAGAAAACCCAAGGAGUUGGAUGAAGAUCUUCCUCCAUACUAUCCAGCUAUUUCUGGUUGCAGAUCUGUUGAAGAAUUCCAAUGUUUGAACAGAAUAGAGGAAGGGACAUAUGGCGUUGUAUAUAGGGCACGAGACAAAAGAACUGAUGAAAUUGUGGCAUUGAAGAAGUUGAAAAUGGAGAAGGAAAAAGAAGGAUUUCCAAUAACUUCCCUGAGAGAAAUCAAUACUCUAUUGAAAGGACAGCACAAAAAUAUUGUUACUGUGAGAGAAAUUGUUGUGGGGAGCAACAUGGAUAAAAUUUUUAUUGUGAUGGAUUAUGUUGAACAUGACCUCAAAUCAUUAAUGGAAACUAUGAGGAAAAAAAAGCAAUGUUUCACAGCAGCUGAAGUAAAAUGCCUACUCCAACAAUUAUUGCUUGCCGUUGCUCACUUACAUGACAAUUGGAUACUUCAUAGAGAUCUUAAAACUUCGAAUUUAUUGCUUUCUCACAAGGGCAUUUUGAAAGUAGGAGAUUUUGGUUUAGCCAGAGAAUAUGGCUCUCCCUUGAAAGCCUAUACUCCUAUUGUUGUCACUCUGUGGUAUAGAGCUCCAGAAUUGUUGCUUGGUGCUAAGGAAUACAGUACACCAAUUGACAUGUGGUCAGUUGGGUGUAUUUUUGCCGAAUUAACCCUGAUGAACGCAUUUUUUUCCGGGAAAUCAGAAGGAGACCAACUUGAGAAGAUAUUCAGGGUAACUUGAUAUUAUUAUACUUUUAUUAUCAUAGUAUUUUCUUCUUAGAUGAAAAGUAAUGAGACUUUAAUUUACAAGAUUUUUUUCAGGCAACUGUCAACAAUGAACAUCAAAUUAAGUAUUAACAUCUCACGUGCGUUUGAUAACAUCAUUGUUUAUUGCAUAUAAUAUGUAGAUAGAUAAUAUUUCAUGAUAAGGUCGAUUGCAAACGUCGGACAUUCAGUCAUCGGCUUAUUUGUUACUGCAUAAGACACCUCAACCAAAAAUUAUGUGAACAACACAAAUGUAUGUUGCACUAUCCCAUGAUUGAUCAAAAAUGAAUACUGAUGUGGUAAAUUUGAGAUACUGAAGAAAAAAUAAAUACAUAACUGUAAUUAUAUAACAAUAAGUUCAAAUUGCUAUCAUCAGAUUUCAAAAAAUAACAAAUAAUAAUAUAAUACAUGGUGAUUCCUCGGGAUGAUUUAUUACACGUUUAUAGAAAACUAAUCAUAAUUUAGAGCUGAAAAUUUGCAU